AUACAUAUACUAUAUUGCCAAAAGUAUUGGGCCAGCCCUCCAAAUCAUGUGAUUCAGGUGUUCCAAUCACCUCCAUUGCUACAGAUGUAUACAAUCAAGCCCCUGGGCAUGCAGACUGCUUCUAAAAACAUUUGUGAAAGAAUGGGUCGCUCUCAGGAGCUCAGUGACUCCAAGCGUGGUCCCGUGAUAGCGUGGUCCCGUGAUAGGUGGUCACCUGUGCAAUAAGUCCAUCCGUGACAUUUCCUGGCUACUAAAUAUUCCACGCUCCACUGUUAGUGGGAUUAUAACAAAGUGGAAGCAACUGGGAACAACAGCCACCAAGUGGUAGGCCACGUAAAAUGACAGAGCGGGGUUAGCGCAUGCUGAAGCGCACAGUGUGCAGAAGUCACCAACUGUCUGCAGAGUCAAUAGCUAAAGACCUCCAAACUUGGUUUGGCCUUCAGAUUAGCACAACAACAGUGUGUAGAGAUCUUCAUGGCCAAGCAGCUGCAUCCAAGUCUUACAUCACCAAGUGCAAUGCAAAGCGUCGGAUGCAGUGGUGUAAAGCACGCCGCCACUGGACUCUAGAGCACUGGAGACAUGUUCUCUGGAGUGACGAAUCACGCUUGAUGUGUCUGGAUUUGGUGGUUGCCAGGAGAACAGUACUUGCCUGAUUGCAUUGUGCCAAGUGUAAAGUUUGGUGGAGGGGGGAUUAUGGU